AUGGUUGAUUCAGGAAGAACUCAGGCGGCUUAUGUCUUUACCGUCCUUAUUCUCGAAUUGGGCAUUAUUCAUCUAGGUGUUGAAAGUGGUAUUGUUGGUCAAUACUGUCUUUGUGGUGAUAUUUUCUGUCAACCAGUGAGUUUAUCUGUGUCUAAUAUUGUUAUUGAUAUUUUUGGUAUUAUAGCUGGAAUAUUAGGUCUGAUUACUAUCUCGCAACAACGUUCUGCUUUGAAUUCAAAACAUCGACGUCGGCAACGACUACAAUGGUCUUCAGUCAUGCCUAAUAUUGGCUCAGUUAGAUUUUAUGUUUGUGGAUACUUGCCACCUAUUGCAAAUAGUGUUGUUUCGCCAAUUACGAGCAUUAUUUUUCUUAAUACUUGUUUGACUAUUGUUUGUUUUGUAUGUUUUCCGAUCGAAAUUAGUAUAUUUCUUCAGGUAUUUAAUCCAAAACAUGACAGUAAUAAACAACGCUUAUCAUAUAAAAUGCAACGAGAUCGAUAA